CUAACUCCUGCGGUCCCGCUUGCUGCUUCCAUUUAUAUUUGGAGAUUGAGCGAGCAAAGACCCAUCUAGGGAGGCGCGUUUCGGUCCUGGGUUGACGUCGCAAAUCGGGACCAAACCAAGCGACGACUACCUGAAUCUUCGUCUGACUUCCAUUUCCCGUCAUAACUACUCUGGCAGCAAUCCCCAUACUCGCGUACUGGCGGCGAAUGGCCCCCUCUCCGCCCGAUGCAAAAGCUACGGACCCGCCUCUGCUUGAGAGAAACUCCGAGCUGAAGAGUUACACAACAACACGAGCAACUUACCCUAGAAUCCGCGUCUUCUACAGACGCCACCAACAAGCCAACCAGCUCCCAACCUCGCCAGCGCCCGUCCCACUGCUCGUUUUCAUCCACGGCCUAGGAGGUUCGGUCGCCCAGUUCAACUCGUUGCUUACCAGCCUCACCCCCAUUGCCUCAUGUUUGGCCGUGGAUCUCCCAGGAUGUGGCGUCUCAGACUUUGAACCCCGUUCUUGGGAUGCUUACAAACUAGCCGCACUGGUCGAGCUACUCGAGACGGUCAUCGACGACUAUCGUGAAAAAAAGGAUGGCCAAGGUGUUGUGCUCAUCGGCCACAGCCUGGGUGCCUCGCUAGCUACACUCCUCGCCAAUCCAAGAGUCGGGGGGGGCCAGACCCUGCUGAGUAAAUACGUCCUAGGACUGGUAGCUAUAUGUCCAUCGACGACACCGCCGCUUAAGGUGCAGGCCUCACUAUUGCGGAAGUUGUUCUAUCUUCCUAACUUUGUCAUCGAUUUAUGGCGGGCAUGGGACGCGAGGGGUGGACUUGAGAGCCGAAGUGUCCACAGGUUCGUUGGCGCAGAUGCUGAUGCAGAAACCAAACGGCUCCAGGCUCUUUUUAACGGCCAAAGUCGGACUCCUGUCUUCAAACGCGUAGCAUAUGGAGCCAUUCCAACCGUGUUCAAGGAAGUUGUUGUCAACGGCGUCAAGUUUGACGGGAUUCCUGCGGAUAGCAUCCCAACAGUCUUCGAAUGGUUGUCGUUGGCUAUUCCGGUGUUUUUGAUUGGCGGAGAAGCUGACGAGGUAACGCCACCAAAGAGCAUUGAAGCCCUUGGAGAGUGUCUAAGUGGCGAGAGCAUCACACCAUCCAAUGCCAGUGCUGCUCGGUUGGGAAACACGAAUGCUCCAGCCCAGCCACAAAACCCCAAGUCCUCGGCGGAUAACGUCGCUGAGCUCCGAGAUGAAGAUUUUGAACAAGUGGAAAGAAACGGCGGCACGGACGAGCCAACCGAUGACCCAGUAAUCCCCAACGAGCUGCCAGCAACAAUUCCCCCGCUGCCUUUGCACCCCAAAAAGGUUGUCAAGACACUUAUCAUGCCCAAGCCCGCCAGCCACGGCUUGCUAUACACACCAACUACGGCCCCCGUCCUUGCGGGUCUGAUAUCGGACUUCUUAGCCAACCAUGUCACUGGGCGUCUUGCGCUGAGCUGGCAGCUCCAAUACCUCUGCCAAGACGGCAAAUGGGACGUAAAGAACCUGGAGAAGUGGCAGAAGGUCGAGCCCGUCUCGGAGCAGAUUGGUGGCGUCUUUCGUGCCAUGAAGACGCUGCGGCAAGUGGACGAGACGCACUGCCCAGAAGUGUUCACGGAGCGUUGGGGGGGUGUGAUCAAGGAUAUCAUCGACAUUUCACAUGAUAACCCAGUAUACGACCCACAAGGCCUAGAGACUGGGAGUAUUCGCUACCACAAGUUCCCGACCGUAUCCAAGGUGCCACCCUCGGACGUCGAGGUCAAAGGCUUUAUUGACCUCGUCGACAAGGUCCGCGCCGACCAGAAGAAGCGCGCAGAAUCGGAAAACUGGGGCGAUAACUAUGCUGUGGGCGUUCAUUGCCAUUACGGCUUCAACCGGACGGGCUAUUUCUUGGUGUGCUAUUUGGUGGAACGCUGCGGCUUCACGACGCAGGGUGCCAUUGAACAUUUUGCAGAGGCCCGGCCGAAGGGCAUCAAGCACGCACAUUUCAAAGACCGCCUGUUUGUUCGCUAUUCGGGAGUCAAGGCCGAUCAUAUAUGACGGGAUCAACUGCCGUGUAAAUAGUAGCCCUGUUUGUGUCUCUUUUACCUUUCCUUGUUUCGCCCUGGUAUCGUCUAUUUCGAGAGUGAUGAGUUGCUUCUGGAGGUUCAGCGGUACUUGGGUCGAGGGUUCGGUUCCUGCGCGGGCUACUGGCGACUCUUUGAGAGCGUUGG